AUGAGACAAAGGUGGAUUGAGUUCUUCAAGGGAGUCUUUCAACUAGAGUCGAUUCAGUUUCCUAGAUGUAUUAAGCCAGAGGCUGCAUACAAGAACCCCGUAUUAGUAGUAUUUUCAGAUGGAAGCAGUGUAGCAUAUGGAGCCUGUGCAUACAUAAGAUGGCAAAUCGGUCCCGAAACAUAUGAAGCGAAUCUGAUUAUAGCAAAAAACAGGAUAGCACCAACAAAACAAUUGUCGAUUCCGAGGUUGGAAUUAUGUGGUGCAGUAAUUGCAUCGAGAAUCAGAGAAAAAAUAGUGAAGGAGAUGGACUUUAACUUUAUUCGAAUAAUUCACGUGGUAGAUUCAACAAUAGUAAGAGCUCAGAUACAAAGAGAAAGUUAUGGCUUCGGAACAUUUGUGGCAACUAGAAUAGCCGAGAUUCAAAGUAAAACAGAACCUUCUGAUUGA